CGUGUCUAAUUUCAUUCAGAUUCGAUUAAGACGAGCUCGCUCAACAUGUCCUCUGCUCUUUUCUUAGCCUCGGUACUAGCAUUGCGUGCAUCGUCGCUCAUCUGCCCAUCGUUACCAACCUGCCCAGACGAUAACGAAUGUACAUUCAGUUCCAAUGGCGCUGACUUCAAAGUCAGUUGUGCAACAGACUUCUACGGAGGCGACAUGGGACGGGUAUAUGCCGCAACAGUUGCCGAAUGCAUGAAGAUCUGUGCGUCUGCAGAUGGAUGUGUUGCUUUGAGUUACGUGGGCACGGAUUGCUACCUGAAAAACGCACUCAACGGCGGCUCAACCAGUGCGGGAGUGACGGGCGCGAGUAUAAUAUCUCGUGUUAACCCAACCCCUCCCUCAAGCUCACCAGCGGGACCGCAACAGCCCUGUCCGGCUUCCAUUAGCUGCCCUGACAACAAUGGCUGUCUCAGUUCCGAUAGCACCACCGGCCGUUCUUUUACCCUAAGUUGUGGUAUCGAUUUCUAUGGUGGCGAUCUCAAAUUAGAGUGGACCGAUGGACUAGAAGCCUGCUCAGCUGCAUGCGCGGCUAAUUCUGAAUGUGUUGCAGCAUCAUUCGUCGGUAACAGUGGCAGCAGCGGGCCAUGUUAUCUCAAGAGUAAAAACCUAGGACCGGUCGCAGAUUCUCGCGUGAACGGGUUUUCAGUCAAGUCGCUAUCUGCACCUGCAACACCAUCUUCUACUCCGGCCACUCCUAAUACGGAGGACAUCACUAAGUUGCUCAAUACGCCUGAGGACAUUCAAUUCUGCGCCUCAUAUAUCAACUACAGUCCACCAGUAGAGACAUUACGCACCGCCGCCACCAUCUCGGCUGUCACACGUACUACAACCACUAACCUAGUCACAUCUACACCUUCUGCCGUCACCUUAGUUGAGACUGUAGUUGUGUCCGGAGAAACUACUACCGUAGCAAGCACAGAAACUGUAGUAAUAACCACAACGGUGCAGGGUAAUCUGAAGAAGAGGUUACAAGCAACGCCAGCAGCAGCACUCGAAACACCGUCAGUCCUCCAGGGCUGGUCACCUCAAGAUAUUUCUGCAGCGUGCAGCAAAGUCGCUACGUUUACUUCGACUACCACACUCACUACAGCUACCGAGACCGUAUACACAGCAACAGAAACAAGUUCUACAACGACAACUACCGUUGCUCCAACCCCCACGAUCACUAUGGCCACAACUUCGCCACUAAUACGGACAGUCAGCGUUACUUCUACUACGUUGGCGACUGUAACUUCCCGGAUCCCUGUCCUCGAGCAACCUCAAUGUGAUUCCCGCCCUGUACGUCUCUGCUGCAUCAACAUUGCGCCAUGGUCUACAAAUUCGGGGGUGUGGGGUGGUAUCUGCGGAUAUACUCCAUCGAAUCCUGCUGAGCUAGUUGGUGCGCGAUGCAUCACGCGGCCAGCGUCAGGACAGUGUCCAGCAGGUACAUCGCAAGCCUGCUGUAGGGGGACCGUGCCCGGGCAAUGCGCUCUAGGCACGCAGUGUGCAAGAGUGUAGUGUUGGUGUCGCACUGUAAACCAAAUCUUAUGAAAGCUGUGAUAGGGUACGACCGAUUUUGAGCUUAGAGCACAUACUUGUACACAGAAACAACAGUAGGAUGAGAAUUCGAGCCUAGAAGCCCAUUUAUGAGUAGAGUUAAUGUCUAUAAAUUUACAAACACCUAAUGCAACUAAGGUCAAUCU